GGGUCCACUCUGCAGCCUGAAGCCGGUGUUUUGCCUCUGGGGGUAAUCCUGUGCCGAAUGCGGGCUGGUGUGAUAGUGGCAGACGCUGAGGUCACACCCGCUGUGCCCUCAAAGUGCUUUCACUUCUGAGAGUUGGUCGACACCCCUCCUCAAGUUGCAGAAAAAAACCUGCAGGUCGCUUUUACUGUUGGGGGCAUGGAACCUCAGCAGAGGGAGGCGAAGGAUAAUCCGUCGGCUUCAGCUAAUCUUCUCUCCAAGAUUUUCUUCUGUUGGCUCAAUCCUCUGUUUAGAAUUGGGUACAAGAGGAAGCUGGAAGAAAAUGACAUGUACAAAGUUCUCCCAGAGGAUGCGUCUGAAACACUUGGAGAGGAACUGCUGCGGUACUGGAAUCAAGAAGUUCAACAGGCUGCAAAAGAUUUGCGACCGCCCAGACUUACCAAAGUUCUCAUUCAGUGCUAUUGGAAGCCGUAUUCAGUAAUUGGAAUAUACAUCUUCAUAGAGGAAAUUAUCAAAGUAAUUCAGCCGGUGCUGCUUGGGAAGCUGAUUGAGUACUUUGAGAGGUACGACUCGACUCAGGCCGCUGCAGUUUAUGAUGCAUACACGUAUGCGGCGGGCAUCUCUCUGACCACCGUCUGCCUGGCUCUCCUUCAUCAUCUGUAUUUCUAUCAAGUCCAGCGAGUAGGCAUGAAGGUUCGCGUGGCCAUGUGCCACAUGAUCUACCGGAAGGCUCUUUCUCUUAACAGCUCAGCUCUGGCCAAAACAACCACAGGACAGAUGGUUAACCUUUUAUCCAACGAUGUCAACAAAUUUGACGAGGUUACCUUAUACUUACACUUUUUGUGGCUCGGCCCUCUUCAAGCUGUGUCCGUACUGUUUUUGUUGCUGUACGCCAUCGGCCCCUCCUGUCUCGCAGGGAUGGGGGUCCUCUUCAUCCUGUUGCCAAUACAGACCACGUUUGGACGUUUUUUCUCUCAUCUGAGGGCUGAAACAGCCGUGCUAACAGAUGAGAGAAUUCGCACAAUGAGUGAAGUUAUUUCUGGCAUCCGAGUCAUAAAGAUGUACGGGUGGGAGAAGCCUUUUGGCGCACUGGUGGAUGAGAUCAGAAGAAUGGAAAUCUCCAAGAUCAUGCAGAGCUCUUACCUGCGUGGCCUGAACAUGGCAUCGUUUUUUGUGGCCAGCAAGAUCGUCAUCUUCUUCACCGUCUGCAUUUACGUGCUGACGGGGAACAAGUUAUCCGCGAGCAGAGUGUUUAUGGCGGUGUCCCUGUACGGGGCUGUUCGGCUCACCAUCACCCUCUUUUUUCCUUAUGCCAUAGAGAAGGUCUCUGAGUCGCUGAUCAGCAUCCAAAGGAUUAAAACAUUUCUUCUCCUGGAGGAAGUUGCCCCUCAUCAUCUUGGACUUCCUGUGGCGGAGAAGAAGGACUGCAUGGUGAAGCUUCAGGAUUUAAUUUGCUACUGGGAUAGGAAUCUUGAAGCUCCAACUUUACAGAAUGUGUGUUUCACAGUGAGACCUGAGCAGCUCCUGGCAGUUAUUGGACCAGUUGGAGCUGGAAAGUCCUCUCUCCUGAGUGCCAUACUAGGGGAGCUGAGUCAGGAGAGCGGUGUGGUUAAGGUGAAAGGAGAGCUGACAUACACAUCCCAGCAGCCCUGGAUUUUUGCCGGCACCGUUCGCAGCAACAUUCUUUUUGGCAAGAAGCUCAACCCCAAGAAGUAUGACAGAGUUCUGAGAGCCUGCGCACUCAAGAGGGACAUGGAAUUGUUGCCUGGGGGAGACAUGGCAAUGGUUGGGGACAGAGGGGCCAACCUGAGUGGGGGACAGAAGGCAAGGGUCAGCUUAGCGAGAGCAGUUUAUCAGGAUGCAGACAUCUACUUGCUGGACGACCCUCUCAGUGCUGUGGAUGCUGAAGUGGGACGCCAUCUCUUCGAAGAAUGCAUUUGUGGACUUCUGAAGAAGAAGCCUCGUAUUCUUGUCACUCAUCAGCUGCAGUACUUGAAGGCUGCAGAUCAAAUAGUUGUCCUGAAGGAGGGUCAGAUGGUAGGACGGGGGACGUACAGUGAGCUGCAAGGUUCCGGGCUAGAUUUCACCACCCUACUGAAGGAAGACCAGGAGGAGGAGCAGCAGGACAGGACCCCCCUCCCCGGCACUGUCUCCUGCCGCUCCCACACUUCUGACAACUCCUCCAUAUCUUCCCUUUCCUCCUCCCAGUAUUCUUUGAUAGAGGGAACAGAUUCUCUUGCAAUGGUAUUGCAACCAACAGAAGAGGAAAGCCGCUUAGAAGGAAAUGUUGGCCUCCGUAUGUAUGUGAAAUAUUUCUUGGCAGGGGCUAAAUUCCUGGUGCUCUUGGUCCUGCUGUUACUCAAUGCCCUAGCUCAUAUCACAUUUGUUCUCCAGGAUUGGUGGCUGGCACGCUGGGCCUCUGAACAGAAGCACAUCAGUGUGACAGAGCACCUCAAUGGCAGCUCUGCUCAGCAGCUGGACCUUGACCUGUACCUGGGUGUUUAUGCAGGUUUAACAGCCACCUCGGUUGUGUUUGGGUUCCUUCGCAGCUUGGUUUUCUUUAAUGUACUGGUGAACUCAGCCCAAACUCUUCACAACAGCAUGUUUAAUGCCCUCCUUCGGACCUCAAUACACUUUUUCGAUAUCAACCCAAUUGGAAGGAUCCUCAACAGGUUUUCAAAGGACAUUGGCUACCUGGACUCCCUGCUUCCAUGGACAUUUGUGGACUUCACCCAGGUAUUCCUCCAAGUCAUUGGCGUGAUUGCUGUAGCUGCUGUCAUCAUUCCCUGGAUUCUGAUUCCCGUCGUUCCUCUUCUUGCCGUCUUCCUAUUGCUACGACAUUACUUUCUGCACACCUCGAGGGACAUCAAGCGUCUAGAAUCUACAACUCGAAGUCCUGUCUUCUCCCAUCUUUCCUCCUCCCUUCAAGGUCUUAGCACCAUCCGUGCCUUCAGGGUUCAACAGAGGUUUCAGCAGAUGUUCGAUGAGUUUCAAGAUCUUCAUUCAGCAUCCUGGUUCUUAUUCCUGACAACCUCUCGCUGGUUUGCUGUGCGUCUGGAUGGAAUUUGCUCUGUUUUCGUCACCAUUACAGCUUUUGGCUGCCUUUACCUCAGGGAUGGACUGGAACCAGGUGCUGUGGGUCUGGCCCUGUCUUAUGCUGUUACACUUACAGGCAUGUUCCAGUGGGGCGUCAGACAGAGCGCAGAGAUUGAAAACAUGAUGACAUCAGUUGAGAGAGUGGUUGAGUAUGCAGAGCUGGAGAGUGAGGCACCCUGGGAGACGGACAAGCAGCCUCCGGAUGACUGGCCCAAGACAGGCUCCAUCACCUUUGACAGAGUCAACUUCUCUUACAGUGCUGGCCAGCCUUUGGUUCUAAAGAACCUCAGUGUUGUCUUCACAUCCAGAGAAAAGGUUGGCAUUGUUGGGCGAACUGGUGCUGGCAAAAGCUCCCUGAUCUCUGCCUUGUUCCGGCUGGCAGAACCUGAGGGAAGAAUAUUGAUUGAUGGCUUUCUGUCUUCUGAGAUUGGUCUGCACACGCUGCGCCAGAACAUGUCGAUCAUCCCUCAGGACCCAGUUCUCUUCACGGGGACCAUGAGGAAGAAUCUGGACCCUUUCAGGCAGCACACAGAUGAGGACCUGUGGAAUGCACUCCAAGAGGUGCAGAUGAAGGCCGCAGUGGAGGACCUACCCAGUAAACUAGAAACGGUGCUGACUGAGUCAGGCUCGAACUUCAGCAUGGGCCAGAGGCAGCUGGUGUGUCUGGCCAGGGCCAUCCUCCGGAAAAACCGCAUUCUCAUUAUCGAUGAAGCCACUGCCAAUGUGGACCUGAGAACUGACAGCCUCAUCCAGCAGACUAUCCGGGACAAGUUUCAAGAGUGCACAGUCCUCACGAUCGCUCACAGGCUCAACACCAUCAUUGACUGUGACAGAAUACUGGUUCUGGAUGCUGGAAGGAUCCAGGAGUAUGAUGAGCCUUAUGUGCUGCUCCAGAACCAGGACGGGCUCUUCUACCAGAUGGUCCAACAGACAGGCAGAGCAGAGGCUGCGUCACUGCUGCACACAGCCAAACAGGUUCACAUGAACAAAAAGCGAGUGACUGACGCCUGCUGUGCCGAGGAUGUCUGUGUCAUCUUUGAGACGUCGCUUUGA